AUGCGUUCAUUCCUUAUUUUAGCUUGCCUCCUCGGCACAGCUCUAUCCGCUCCUUUCCAAACAUCUUCCCUAGACACCACCCGCGAAGGCUUUAUAAAAGCUCAUCCCGGCGGUACAAACAACGUUGAAGUAACAGAUAACAAUCUCCUCAACGGCACAUACGCCAAGAACAAAACUCGCGUUCUAACACACCGCGCUGAACAAGCGACGUUGCCACUGAAGCUAGUGAACAACUUCAGCGGCGGAAACGUCAGAGCGUAUAUCUCAGGGUUGGACUCUGACGGCACUGUCGUCUUCAUCGGAGCGAGUGGAAACCUUGUGUAUCCUAAAUCAGGAGGUUCGAAAGUGCCUGUUGAGAUCAAGGAUAACAUUGCUAUUCCUCUCCCACCACAGGGUCAGACUCUCGAGUUUACGGUGCCUAUCUCCAUGAGUUCAGGGCGUGUUUAUUUCGCCAAUGAAGAUCUUCACUUUUUUGUCGUUGACAUUGGAAGUGGCGAUGGUUUAGUGCAGCCCUCUGUUACGAAUCUUCAAGAUCCUAGUGCGGGUGUAGACUGGGGUUUUGUGGAAUUCACCUACACGAAUGGCGUUCUGUACGCCAACAUCAGCUAUGUCGACUUUGUGGGUAUACCGCUUGGUAUGGGGCUUUCCCUCAAAGAUGGAAGUACACAGUCGUGCGCCGGACUGGAGUCUGGCGCUGUGAGCAAGAUCUGCGAUGAUCUUGUCAAGCAGAAAGAUGCGGAUGGGAGAGCUUGGACGUUUAUGUGCAUUGCGAAUGCCCAGGGUAAACCAGUUCGUGUGCUUUCGCCGGGAAACCAGUAUGAUCUUGAACCGAUUACCUUUGGGGACUAUUGGGAUACUUAUGUCAACGAUGUAUGGAGUAAAUACUCCUCGCAGGACCUCAUUAUCAACACGCAGUCUGAAGCAGGCAAUGUCAAGUGCCGUGUCACGGGCGACCAGCUCACUUGCGAUGGCGACAACAGAGGAUACGGCAAACCCAACACCAAGGACAUCUGGGGUUGCAACAGUGGUCCGUUCACGGUGGUGGAAGGUGAUAAUGCAGUUCAUGCGGCAGUUGUUCCUCGACUCUGCGCAGCAUUCGUUCGAACUACACUCCUUGUUGACGGAGGCGAUACACAGCCCAAGUUAGGGCAGGAAGCGUACUACAAGAAUGAUCCUACGAGCCACUAUAGUCGGAUUGUUCAUUCGUAUGAGGUCGAUGGCAAGGGAUACGCGUUUCCAUAUGAUGAUGUCAACCCGGAUGGGAAUGAGAAUGCAUCGGGUGUUGUUUCGGGCGAGCCGGAGACUUUGACGAUUUUUGUUGGUGGGCCUUCUGCAUAG